UUCCCAACCAACAUUUUGGCGCUAAUUUUCACCACUCUAAUCGUUUGUAUUGUUUUAACGGGUAUAUAAAAGUGUCUAGUAAAACUUUUGUUGGUUUAAUGGUCAUGAAUAUAACUAAAUAACUCAUUAAGAUGAGUAACAGUAACAAUAAUACAUAAUAUGACUUAAGAAGUUAUAAAAGAGUUAAGCUGAACCACAGUAACGCUAGGUAUUGUAACCUCAAGUAACAAUAAGUACCUUAAGUAGUAAUAAGGUUUCUAGUAAGUCUUACUAUUCCCAAGUGUUCUUUAAGAGUGCUAAGUAAAUGUUUUAUACCACUUAACAUGCCUAAAAACGUAAUAUUACUUAAGAAGGUAUGAAGGUUAUAGUCACAACCAUCAUAGAACCUACUCUUAUAUAAAUUCAAGUAACGCGAAACACUUAAAGUAAUAUUAUAGUUUCUAAUAACUCUUUCUACCGACAAAAGCUCUUGAAAAUAGUUGACAAAAUAUUUUUAUCACCUAAAUUGCUACAAAAGAAGUAAUUGGAACUUAUUUACAGCAAUUUAAUUUAGAAAUAAGAAACCACUAUAUAUGAUAUUAGUUGGUAUUAUGGAGUUAUUUUUAGAGCCCUGUUCUUUACAACGGUGUUUGAAUUUACUUUUAUGUUGUUCUAAGCAAUAUGAAAAUACAAUUUAAACGCUGUAACUUUUAUUUUCACUUGAAAUUAUAAAACAUAUAAAAUAUUACGUACUUUUACAGCUGUAUAAUCUCUCUAACCUCAAAAUUGUGUAUAUGUGUGUAGUCUGAUUUGCUCUCAAGUCUGUUUGCUCUUGCUUGCUUGAUUUUUGCUAUGAGUUCGUGGAAAAAACGAAAAAGAUGUGGAGGAGUCAAAAGAAAAAUAUCAAACGAAUACAAAUUAAUAAUCAGAUCAAAUCAAUCAGUGUCAUCCUGCGAUAAAACCACAAAACUGCAAACAGUGCCCAUUGAUGCAGUUCAGCAUCAUAGUUCUUCGUUGAAGAGAAGUAUUGAUGACGCUAGUCUGGGUUGUAGUAGUUUUUGCAACGAAUAUGUUCAUCCAGCGCAGCUUAAAUGCCAAAGAAAAUGUUCGUACUGUCGUAGAAACUCCAUCGAAAAUGUCGGUCAAGUGCGGGAAUUUCAACAAGGACUAGAAAAUCAUAAUAUGUAUGUGAGCAGUAAACAUGGUGAAACGCAAGAUAUUGAACAGGGUUCUGUACAGCGAGAGCUUAAUUUUACAGUCGAGGGUUCUGUGCAGAGAGAAUUUAAUUUUACAGAAGAGGGUUCUGUAGAGCAAGAAUUUAAUUUUACAGGAGAGGGUUCGGUACAGCGUGAAUUUAAUUUUACAGAAGAUGCCUCUUUAUCUACUUAUCCUCUUAGUAGUUCUCAUAGCUCAGAUGAAGAGGAAGAAAGCGAAUAUAUAAAAAAUUCGAAUUUUAAAAAUGACAUAAGAAUAUGGGCGAUAGAAAAAAAUAUUAGCCAAGCUGCCUUCAAAGACUUGAUAUUAAUUUUGAAUAAAAGAUUUGUAAAUAUUUUACCAUCUGAUCCUCGUACGAUUCUGCAAACUCCAACACAAAUAUGUCUCAAAAGUUUCGACGGUGGUGAAUAUUGGCACAACGGAAUCAUUAUUCCACUGACAAAAAUACUUCAUAAUUUGGAGUUUGUGCCCGAAAAUGUAUAUUUGAAUGUUAAUUUAGAUGGGUUACCUAUUUUCAAAAGCUCUAAAUUUGAAUUCUGGCCUAUAUUGGCAAAUAUGCACGAGAUUGAUAAUGUCCCGUUCAUUAUUGGUAUUUAUUAUGGAAAAGGAAAACCGAAAAAUUUAAAUCUUUUUUUAGAAGAUUUUGUGAAUGAGAGUAUUACAGUUUUAGAGCAAUAG